GUGUGAUUACUAAAAAUACAAAGGUCAAUUAGUACAUAUUAUACCCUUGCAGUAAAAUUCACGCAUUGUUGGAGUGUUUUACACGUUCUAUAAACUCUAUUGCCACAAAGUGAAUGUUCAACCAAAAUGUAAUGUUAGUAUGAUACGACCUCUAGAUAAAUGUAGCGAAGCAUGAAAUCGGAAGCUCGUAAAUCAAACAUUCUCUUCCUCCAAUUAUAUACCACAUCUACUUUUAUUCGGCAUUAUAACUAACCGAUCACCAAUGCCGCCAGGCCUUUCUUCGUAAUUUAAAAAAAAAACUAAUAAAACUGACCUUCUGUGCGAAAAUUUUGGCAUACACCACUAAUAUUUUUCACGGAAUCUGUUUCAUAUUUAAGCCCAAGAAAAACUUUAAACCAGUAUCAGUCGAAUUGAAGUGAUCAUCAGCAACAAAGGCACACAGCAAAUACUAUUAUGAAGGUCUUCAUUGCAAUCGCCGUCCUGGCUCUGGCCGCUGUCUCCAACGGAUCUUACCUGCCAGCUGUGCAGUCAGUCCUACCGUACUCCUACAACUCUGGACUCUAUGGACUGGGUCUGAACUCGUACGAUGGUCUGGGUCACUACUCCGAGCUUGCUGGACUAGGAUAUUCCUCCGUGUUGGAUAAUGGACUGUCCUACCCAUACUCGGCCGCUCUUCCGUACUCUGUCUACAACAACGGUCUGUACGGAGGAUACUACGACGCCAAGUACGCUCCAACUGUGGUCCAGGCUAACGUGAACGCUCUGAACACCGUGAAUCCAUUGGGACUGUAUGGAGGAUACUAUGGAGCUAAAUAUGCCCCGACUGUGGUCCAGGCUAACGUGAACGCUCUGAAGACGGUCAGUCCGCUGGGUCUGUAUGGAGGAUACGGUGUGGAAAACGGAUACGGUCUGAGUCACGGAUAUGGCUACGGAUACAACAACUACCUCCCAGUCCAGGCCCAUGCUGCGAAGUACGUUGCAGCCAACCCGGGAGCCGUCCAUGUGGCCCCUCUACCAGGACAUCUAGUCAACCAGAAGUCGAUUGUGGCAUAAAUGAAUGUGAUAAUGAUGAACUUUCUAAUGAAAUGUAAAUAAAACAACCGUGUUGUUGAAAGCAUGUUUGUUGCACAUUCCUUUAACUUUAAAACCAUAUACGUUGAUAUUUUUGAAAAACAUGUGUAACU